AUGGGGAAGAUGAACAGACAGAGAAAGGUCCUUGUACAGAUGCUAAUGGAGGUGUAGGUUGUACAGCUGCUAAUAUGGAGGUGGACAAUUUAGGAGACCAAGAAAAGCCUCCUGUACCCAUGAGGCCUGGCAUUCUUGUCCAGAGACAGAGUAAAGAGGUGGUGGCCAUACCCUUAGGAAAUGGAGAGGAUGUGGAGGAUGAAGAAGAAGACAAAAUAAAAGAGAAGCAAAAGCCCAAGACUGCUGGAGAAAACGGUCAGGAGGAUGACUAUUUGCAAAAACCACCCAUCCCUGUCACUGGAAGUCCUUCAGCUAUUGGUAACCACAAAAGACCCUUAAAAGGAGUGACAUUUUCUAGGGAGGUAAUUGUUGUGGACCUUGGGAAGGACAACCCUGUAGCUCGAAGCUAUACUCGAUUACAUAAAGAGAGAAAAUGAAGCUCAGAAAACGCUGAGAGUGAAAGAAAUGUAACCUUAGACUAACAGUGAAGUGACUGGGGUACAGAAUCAUGUUGAAACAACAAAAUAAUGAGGAAUUAAACAAAUUCAGAUAGUAUUUUACCUUUGUGCAGAAAGAAGUGGACUAUGUGCAAAAUUCUGUAAGUAAAAUAUCCGGAGCUUGAAUACAGAUUUUUAAAAAGUCAAAUCUGAGUUCAAGAAGUUAAUUGUAUUAAGUGUCCUUAAAACUCUGUCUACUCAAACACUGUCAUAACAUGUGAAUAAAGUUAUUUGUGUUUGUGCAGAUAUCUUUUAGGUAAAUCAUGUUCAAGGGGGACUUUGGCAACAGUACAGGUUCUUGAUGCUUUGAUCACAGGCAUUUAUGACCAAAUAGUAUUACCGCUGUCAUCAUGGAAACUUCCAAUAGCUGGGACUAGGGCCUCCUACUACGCAGUUCCCUUUGAACUCAGUCCUGAAACUUUCUUGUACUGAUGGCUGCUUUUUAAGAUUGACACCAAAACAACUACCAUCAGCAACAAAAUGCCUGUUACUUUAGGCAAAUCCUGAGAUGAUACUUUUCUUGAUUUCAGUAGUUUAAAAUUUGCUUUUCAUGUGUGGACUAUGACAGUACAGACCAGUACAGCAUUUGUAAAAUGUGUAAGGGGCUAUGAGAGAGGUAAAAAGCAGAAAACAUAGCAUUUGAUUCAGGAGCCUCGCACAUUGUCCUGUGUGCAGCAUACGCUUAAUAAAUGUUUGU